AUGCCCACGGCCUCCCGGACCCGGACCGGAACCGCUGCCCCAAAGACACGGGUCGGAGCGCCUACUGUUCAGCCCGGUCAACCUUUUCCCCAGCGUGCCAACAGACCCCCUCGACCUUCAAAUCAGGGAACACAACAAAGACCACCAGCGCUCCCCGCGCACGGCCCGGAAAGACAUCCGCAGGGCGAAGAGUCUGACAUUGUGCACGCCAAUUGCAACGCCAUUUUCAAGAAGGCCGACCAAGAUCGUCGAAAGCUCACAUCGCAACUAAAAGAGGCCGCAGAUACUGCGCGGAGGUGGAACUUUGAAAAAGCGCAACUACAAGGCAAGGUCCGAAAGCUCCUGUCGGAGCUCAAUGAGUCCAAGCAGAAGACACAAGAACUGGAAAAGCGCUUGGACGACGCGACCCUGGACAGCACAAACUACGUUUCGCGGAAAGAACAUGAGAAGAUUUUGAAGGAGUUGUUUGAUGCCUCCUCGUCCGUGACCAAAAUGGUUGAAGCGGGAAUAAAUGCGUCUCAAAACGCAUACAUAAGCACAUUCCUAUCAGAUUCCGAUGUGGCUCAAGGGUCCUGGCUGGACCAGUCCAAGCAAUUCGAUAUGCUCGACAACCCAGUUGUUCCGGAUGUUAAUGCGUCGACAUUUUCUAUGCCUGAUCCGCCAGCACUUCCAGGCUUUGACGAUUAUGUAGAAAUGCCCUGA